GCUAACGUACUGCACGCAGAGAUAAGACCCGAGCUAAAACAGUGCCCAUUUCUGUUCCAUUUCCCCUCCUGGGUCAAGUCAUGUGUGCAGUGAGAAAGAGUGUGUGUUUAGAAAGAGAGUCUCUGUCGCCACCUCUGCUGUUCUCCACGUGUCAUCUCUCUGAAGUCUUCCCUGGGAGCGUGGAAGGGAGGCCGCCAGAGCAGCAUUCCUGUCUUCCACAUCUCUGGGGAGCUUCUUCCUUUUUCCAUCAGACUUUCCAAACAAGGAUGUGCUUCCUAGCCGAAGGGAAUGGUGAGAACAGCUGGAGCCAGGCAGACACAGAUGUGGACAGACAGAGUGGCACUUGCAGACAGUUCCCUAACAAUCUAGUGCGAGAGAUUCAUACAGACCUGCUAACAGCUGGACGCUGAGAUUCCCCUAAACAGCUCGGUGUUACCUGGACACAGGCUUCUCAUCUCAUCUGACUGAACCGAGCCGAAAGCUUGAGAACACGUGCUGUGCCAGCAUUGUAAGAACCCCCAUGGGCCAUUUCACACACUGACGACACUGGAGUGGGACACAGGAGCUAAACCCCGAAUGAGGUUUCUGCUACAGACUUGGAGACUUGCGUUCAGAGAGAAAUGAUUCCGCAUGAAUCGUGGCAAGCGCUCUCUCACAGCAGGCAUGCGUUCUGUUGCUUUCUUUUGAGAUCAGCAUCCAUCCAGCCAUAAGGACAAGAAAAACCUCCCGUCACCCUCUUUUCUCCACCCCCAGUACCCCCACUGCACCAGCCAAUCAGCGGGUGGAACAAGCAAAGAAUAAGAGAGAGGUGCUAAGGGAAAACGAGUUAAAGAAAUAUAUAGCAUAAAGAAGCCACCUUAAAAAAAGGUACAGCAGAUAUAUUUAUCAUGAAGUCCAACCAAGAGCGAAGCAAUGAGUGUUUGCCUCCAAAGAAACGUGAAAUUCCAGCAUGUACCCUUCCCUCAGAGGAUAGGCCCAUGGUUAUGGCGCCUGCCAGUGAGAGCCAGCGUGGAGGGAACCUUGCUUGGCUUGCCAGCAUGGCCAGUGGGCACGAGGGCAAAAAGCAGCACACCAGCAGCUCAACAGAAUCUGAAGGCCCACAGUUCAAACCAAUGGUGUCCACUGUCGAGUCCGCUCGUGCUCCAACUGUAACAACUACCAUCCCUGCUGUGCAUCCUUCACCACUUUCUCAACACACAGGCCCCAUUCAGUACUCACCCAUGCCCCCCAAUGUGCACUUUAUCAGCCCAUCAUAUGGAGCACCCUAUACUAGCUACAUAUCUCCUCUUCUGCCCCCUGCAUCCACCACCACCACCACAUCCUCCCAGCGACACACUGAAGCUUACACUGGUACUACUUCUUCUCCAGCAUCCAAACAUGAUCCAGUAAUUUCCACUUCAGACACCAUACCUCAACCCCAUUCCACCCAGUAUGUCCAAAUUUCCAGCUCCCAACUCAGUGUAGUGCCUUGUACUGCAUCCUCACCCCAAAGCCACCUUCCCCAUCAUCUUCAACAUACACUCGCUCUUAGUGGGCCCUCUCAGUUUCUGCUUCAGUACUCAGAUGGACCCAUGCCUAAAAAGGAAGAUGGCAGACCUAGAGAGAUGCUAAACGGUGAGCCGGAAAGAAGCCGUCGCUUCAACCAGCUCUCCGAACCCAAGAUCAGCAGCAUAGCCAAAGGGUCUUUAUCCACCCAGCAUCACCACAUCCACCAGCGAGAACACUACGAGACCCGGCACAUGACGCUUCCGCCGGAAUAUGUCCAGGAAAAUAACAACCUAAGGAACUCAUUAGUUCUAGUUCCCAACAGUCAUAACUCCAGCAAUGUAGAUCCAGGGGGAAAUCAAGACAAGCUACCACCCCCUCUGGCCCCAGCUGAAAAAGGAGGCAUCUGUGCAGGAAAGCCAGUUUCUCGCACUUCCUCAAGCACCUCUCAUCCCUUUCCACCUCCUCCUUUACCUGUGGAUAGUCUAAAGGCUGCAGUUACCACACUUUCACCCCAUGCAGUUAUCCAUACCACACAUAGUGCAACCGAGCCACUGUCCCUUGGCCUCACGUCCACCAACUUUUAUCCGGCUCAUCAGCCCAUUAUUGGGUACAUUGCAGGUACAGGGCAGCCACAGCAUGUCAGUUACCACACCAGCCUCCCUCCACACCUGCUUAUCCCAGGAACUCAGCCUGUUAUUAUCCCUGUAAGUGGAGCAGAAGCUACUGCCACAUCUACAGCACCAACUUUUGCUGCAGCACUGCCGCAUGCAUUUGUGACCUCGGCAACCCCGAAAGGUGAGUCCUUUGAGACACCAGCCUCCUACCCCCAUUCGACAGGUGCUGUGGUUCAGGCACAACUACACUUACCUAUCCUGCCAGCCUCUGCUAGCCUGCCAGCUACUCCACCUAUACCCUCCACACCCGCUUUACCACCCUACUUCACCAAGGGUUCCAUCAUUCAACUAGCUGAUGGGGAGCUGAAGCGUGUGGAGGACCUAAAGACAGAGGACUUUAUUCAGAGUGCAGAAAUCAGCAGCGAACUGAAGAUUGACUCUAGUACUGUGGAGCGCAUCGACAGCAGCCAUACACCUAACUCUGCUAUUAUUCAAUUCGCAGUGGGAGAGCAUCGUUCACAGGUGAAUGUCGAGGUGCUGGUUGAGUACCCUUUCUUUGUGUUUGGUCAGGGAUGGUCGUCUUGCUGUCCAGACCGGACCACUCAACUGCUGGAACUUCCUUGUGCCAGGCUAGCUGUGGGCGAUGUCUGCAUUUCCCUCACUCUAAAGAACUUGAAAAACGGCUCUUUAAAAAAGAGUCAGGGGCAGAUUUCAGAUGCUGCCAGUCUUGGGCCACCUCUUAAACCACCUUUUAAAGCACCCUCAGGUGGGACUCGCAGGGCAGCGCGGCACAUGGAGCAGGAGAACGGACUGACACAGUGUGGCAGGCAGGGAGGCGUGAGCUCCCCGGCAAGCAAAGAAAACGGAGAACUAGGUUCGGCCGAAAAAGGAGCCUCUAGAAUUCCAACAUCCUCAGAAUCGGAAUCUAUUAGUAAACCUACAGGGCGGAAACGGAGAUGGUCGGCCCCAGAAGGUCGCAAAGUCGAGAAGCAUGAAGAGGAACCACCCUUAACUCUUCCCAGGCCAUCGUUUAUCCCUCAGGAGGUGAAAAUCAGCAUUGAAGGCAGAUCGAAUAUUGGCAAAUGAACGCCAUUUUGGACUUGUUUGUCAUUUUGGAUUGGAAGAAGAAGAAAAAAAGACCCUCAAAAUGUUUUUUUUUUUUUUUUUAGAAUGUUGCUUCUUAUAUCAUUUCAAAAUUGAUUUCUCAAAAUUUUUCAUUAAAAUUACUGUACUGUAGGCUAAAUUAACUUAGUAUAUACGUAUCACCUUAGGAGUAGUGAUAAUAAUUGAAUAGGUGCAUUGAAUAUACACAAACAAUUAGUGGAAUUUUUUUCAAUUGGGUAAUUUGUUGAACGAAUGUGGGGUUUUAGUUGGUCUUCUGAGCCCUCCAGGGUACAAAAUAUCUGAUAUUCCUCAUCUUUACGUUACUAUUUUGAAAUAUAAAAGAAAUGAAUGUCACCCUAAACUUUAAAAAUAUUUAAAUUUAUUUUUCGAAACGUUUUAGUGCACAGACUGGUGGCUUUUAAAAACAGCAACAAAAAACAAGGGUAAACCUGAGGUGUUUGAUUGCAUCAUAAAAUCUAAGAGCCAAUCUUGUUCUAAUAUGCAAAUGAAGCUCAUGCAGCACUUGGUUUCCACGGAAAGUGGAUGGCCAGGAUGAUGGUUGUGGUAUCUCGAAAUUGCGUAUUCAUUGAAUCUGAAUGUUUUGAUGAGGGUCCUUUAAAGCUGAUUUGAAGGUAGCUUCAAACGAAGCCCUACUGAAACAGUACUAGAUGCUUAUGGUGCAUUAGUCCCAGCUCCAUCCAUGUGUGAGCUUAAAAAAGGAGAUCGGUAUGGAUGGUAUUGCUCAGGGAGGCAGGACGGAAAUCACUCCUCCACUGGCCGCAGGAGUUUACUUAAUGUCAGCCAUCCUGCUCAAGCAGUCUCAUCAGAUGCUUAGACAUUAAACGACAGACAAUCUGAAAUCCAUCAAAAAAUCUAAUUGAGGGUACCGGGGUAUACCGUAGAUUGUAUGGUCUUUUCUGAGGGAAAAAUAGAGCAACCAAAUGUUAAGGAACAUUCUGACUGAGAUCAAGAAAUGUCAUCAAACAGUGCCAGUUGCUCCUUGGGAACGAGAAAAAAAGAUUAUACUAAUAGACCUGGAGAUAGAGGAGUUUGCCUUUAUAUAUUCACCUGUUGAAUUGUUUUAUUGUGUUUAUUUUGUAGUUCUGCUUCUUUUUUUUCUGUCUCUUUUUUUCUUCUUUUAAAAAAAAAAAAAUUGCAAUGAAUGUGUAAUCAUUGCAAUCAGGGGUCACUUUCAGUCAUGUACACACCGAAUGGGUUUUUGUUAAUGUAUACGUUUGAGGAUGGUUGACUUUUGAGCUAAUGAUAAGCAAAAAUAUCUUUGCUUGCUAUUUUUUAUUAUAAUAAGAGCUUAUUAUUUGAGAGAAAGUGAAAGAAAGUUGCCUGAGAAGGGAGGGACAGGUUUACGAAGCACUUAAAACACCUGUCACACUCACUAGCUGACAGAUAUUUUAAUCUAUUAUUAUUAUUAUUAUUAUUAUUAUACAUCUCAAAAUGAACACAGUACUGUACAGUAUGUUGUAUGUAAGUGAUGGUGGAAUGUAGCGCUCUAUAGAAAAGUCAGUUCACCCUGAUCCGGGGUCCUCGAUUUGUGAAAAGAUUGAAUGAAUGUGAGAGGUGACAUGAUGUGGAAGAUUCAGCAGAGAUACAUGAGAUAGCAUUUAUUCCCAGGAAGCACUUUCCUGUUCGGGUCUGUAUAGCUCAGCCUCCUCAGUACACGGCGAGCUAAAGGCCUAGACAGCAACAGCCGCUCUUUUUAACUGUAGCGUAGGUAAAGCUGGUGAAACAACUGCCAUUUUAGUGAUUAAUAUUGAGAUGAUUGUGUGUGGUUUCAGAAGGGUUUCAGAAGUCAUGAGAUUGUCCAAAGUAUGCCAUGAGGAGAGAGAAAGUACAUGUGAGUGACUCUGGAUGCAGAAAAAAAAAAUUGUUUGGGUUCAAGGGUGUGUUCUAGAUAUGUUUGUGGAAGUGCAUGCAUGUAUGUAUUUUAAUGCAUAAGUGUGCACACACACAAACACACAUAUAACACAUUAAUAUAAGUGAAAAGUGAAUGUCUUUUUUUGUACAGUAACAUGUAUAGAAAUGCAUAUACUGUAUCUUGCCUUAGUGCAAGCAGGUAGUUAGUGUGUGUGGGUAUGUGUGCAUACCAAGUAUGUGUGUGUGUCUGUGCUAUAUAUUUGUAUGAGUGUUUUAUGAUAUGUGUGUACACCAUUCAAAAGUUUGGAGACAGGUUUGGAUUUGGGUUUAUUUUUCUACAUUCUAGAACAAUAUUAAAGGUAAAAAUUAAAUUAGGCAAUUAAGUCAGUUGUUAUUUUAAUAUAUGAAGGUCAGCUGUUCUGUAAUAGUUCUUGCAAGACCCAUCAAGCACCAUGAUGGAAUUGGUUCUCGUCAAGACCUUCCCAGGAAAUACUAAAUAAACUUUUAGACCAAGUUUAUUUAGAGUUACCAGCCUCAAAAAUCACCAUUUAACAAAUAGCACUUCAGAUUACAGUCGUUAUGAAUAUAAAUAUUGCAUAUUUAUGUUUUAUAAUGUGGAAAGAAUUAAAAUCAGGAAAGACCACGGAGUUGGAAGACGUGUCCAAACUUUCGACUGGUAGUGUAUAUACAUAUCGCAUAUAAUAGAUAUAUUUAGGUAUUUGUCCGGUGUUUCUGUUUAAAGUUCAAUUUAAAGAGAAUCUUGCAGUUUGCACAUCUGGAGAGGUAGUAACAUGAAAUGUAUGAUUCAGUUUUCAGCCAUCUGCGAGGGCUGAAAGCUCAAUUUACUGAAAUGUAGCAGUUACUUGACAAGUCCGCUCGGCUUACUGGUUUGCCGUGGCUUCCCUUCACUCCUUCACUUAUUUUAACCCCCCCUUCUUCAGACCCUGUAAGUGGAUGUUCUGACACACUCUUUAACCUGCAUACAAUAAGGAGAGAAAGGAGCCACAGCCUGAAGCCUGCACACUUGUUGAACUCUCUGAUAGGUGGCUUUGUUUUUGCAGGUGUAUUUGAGUGGGAUGGAUGGAUGGAUGGAUGGAUGAAUAGUUAAAGGGAUGGAUGUGUUAUCAGAUGACCUGUUGGAUGGUGGUGGGUGGGUGAACACACCCCAUAUUUAAAGAUGCUUUAUUUUUUAAAUAAUAAAACAGGGUUUCUCAGAUCAACAUUACAACCGUGCAUUUUUCUUUUUUCUUAUCUUUUUUUUUUUUUUUUACAUUUUAACACCCUUUUAAAGAUUGUCUAUGUGUGUGAGGACUGUGUUUUCAUGUGUUCAUGUAAAUGGCAGGGUGUUUUGAGACCGGAAAUGAAACGGCGUCACUUAACCAGACAUGACUUUUUUAACAUUAUGAUGUUUGGGCCAAAAUGCAAGGUUGCUUUUUUUUUUUUUCCUUCCCAUUUUUUUGUGUGUUUUGGCAUUGCCCGCAUCAAACCUCGAUUCUUUCAGCACUUUAGUGCGCUUCAUUUAGCAGCAUGCCUCUUUCCUGGUUUCAUAGUUUCGCUACAGGUAUACAUCAGAAGCAUUCCAAAUAAUAACAUAUAGCAAUAAUGUGAGUCUGUAUUCAGUAUUCAAACCAAAUAGAAAUCCUAACAUUUACCACAGGAAACUCUCUCGUCAGUCGACUGAUCAGCCUAGUAGUCUGGCUUUGAGUUGUCAUGAAUUGCACAGCUAGCCCGCAGUAUCUUCUUCAGGGAGAAACGGAAACAUAUGCAGUGAUAUAUGUGUCUUUCUGACCCAGCUCAAUCCUUUUUGUGCUAGUGACCUCCAGAGCGUGUUCAGGUACCCAUGCAAAGCCAGUACUCCUCGCACCGCUUUUAUCGCCAGCUACCUUUUAUGGCCUGGCUGUUAUGUGCACCUGUCUGCUCUCUCUCUGACUCUCGCUCACACACUCUCUCUCUCUCUCUCUCUUUGUUUUUCACUUUCACUUAGAGCCAUAGAACCCCAUCAGUAUUUGUUUCUAUUUCCCAUAACAUCCAGAUGUCUGCGUCCUUGCAGUAAUGCAGGCUCUAUAAAUGACCCAUAAAUGCAAGUUCGUGCAUAAAUUCAAAUAGAAUUAAUCAGCACUUUAAACUUUUCCGUCUAGUUUUUCGUUCAGAUUUGUGUGUUAACUUACCCACAGGUUUCAUAAUGCUUAAAUAAAGCACCGGUUCCGGACAAAUAGUUGUAAGCCAUGUGCAUUUGCUCAAAUCUAUUUUUUAAGAACAGAUCUGGAUAAUUUUAUUUAAAUGGAAGCUGUUUCAAUCAUUUUCCGUCUAUGGAAGCCGUUUAAGUUUGUGCUUAAAUAAUCAAGGUGAAUUGGAUAGAAUCAGUGUGUUGAAUCAGUCUUGCUUGAACGCAGGACUCUCGCUGUGCUGGGGGAUGUUGCACAUCUGGACGUUUUAGAGAACUUGUUUUAAGGGAACUUAUUUUACUAAACCUAAAUUGAACAAAGUGCAAAACUAGAGACAAAUUUCAACAAUAUAUUUUUCAGCAGUCACUAAGUAGGGGCAUGCAUGCCUGUCUUUAUAAUUUCUUUUGGCUGUUCACGUCCAGUUCCCCUACACUGAUGCACAACACAUGAAACAUACAUGGUCGAUGGUUCUUUUCGUAGUUAAAGGUAUAAUUGUCGAUGUUUUCUUACUUGUUCGAAUAAUCUGGCUAAUAUGUAGAUUAUGGUUUAAAAUUAGGGUUUAAAGGAGGACUAAACAUAUUAUGUGGCUUAGAAAACCCAUUUUGAAGAUAACUCGUUUUAUAGAUUUUAUGGAAUUCCAAUGGUGAGCUCAAGGAGAUAAGGGGUAAUCUUAAAAAAAAACAAAAAAAAAACAACAACUUAUACUUAAUGCACAUUUUAAGCACCAUGAUCUUAAUUCUAUCUAUCCCAAAGGGUUUCCAUACAGCAUUUGUUAAUAUUCAAUAUUGACUGUUUCUGUCAUUUCAGAUGUCAUAAAUUUAAAGUAUUAAAUAGCACCGCUUAAUUCCUUUCUUUUUGUUUGCAUGGUUCCCUAUAAGCUCUGUAGUGAUGCAUAAAUCCCAUAUGUUGUUAAUCGUGGGCGUGUCUGUAUUUAAAUCAAAGUAAAUGCAAACUUUUUAUAAACGUUUGGUAUAUAUUAAGCUUCAUUAUGAAUGUGACCUGCGUGUACAUAUUUAACCAAUCCCAACUUUACUGUUUCGUAAAACCCCGUUAAAUUUGAUGUGAAAGGAACGGAAUCACCGGAGUGUACUGCAUGGAAAUGGUACAACUGAGAUGAAACAAUUCUUCUUGUAUUCUCCAUAACCAAGUUCGACUCUUUUAGGCGUUUUUUUUUUUCUUCUUCCCCCAGUUUCUUUGAUAAAUGUGCAAUAUGUAGCAUAUCUUUUCUGCAGUCUCAUCUUUUCAGAAGUAAUACGUACUGCAUCAUAAGCACUCUUAAGAUCCCUGCUUAUUACAUCAUUUACUGAUUUAAAAAAAAAGCUUUCAGUAUUCGACUUGGCAGUGAUGGAUCGCUGUUGAUUCCUAGUAGGUUGUGAUACACAAUCAGUAAAGAGCACUUGUAAACAAUAUGAUACAAUGCCCGUAUCCAAUAUGUACGAAGAAAAUCUUUCGAAAAACAAAUACAAUGUCAAACGUUUAUACUCUUUCCAGCAAACCCCUUCCAAGAUCAAAAAUCGACCAAACCCGAAAUUGUCAUUUCCUUUAAACCUCAUGCAGUUUAGGAUAAAUGCAGAAUAGAUGUAGCAUUAUGUUCGCAAUUGUUACCAUGUUACUGUGUACUGUCGCUAUAUAGUUUACACAUCAUUCUCAUUUUGUUUAACCCUUUCUCUGUCACUUUGCACCUACAGUAUGAGUUAUAGCAUAGAUCCUCUUUCUCAGCGUGUCAGUGUUUGACCGUCUUUAGCCUAGGAGUGGCUUUGCAGUUUGGCAUGAUUUAUGCGAUAUGUGCGUUUGUUAAACAUCACCAACUUUUCCUCAGGCUUACUCAGGGAUGAGAAGUGUGUUUAAAUGAGCAUGCAUCUAAGCAGACUUGCGUAAAGUGUAGGUGAAGUGUGUACUGGGUAAAGCGUACUUUGUGUGUGCAUACAGUAUAUGCGUGUGUGCACGAGUGAGUUUGUGUGUGUGUGUGUGUGUGUGUUGUGCUGAAAUACUACAGUAGAAGCAGUCAUUUUAUUGGCCCUUGGCUGUGUGAGGACUUCCUGAGUUUUUUUGUCUGUGUGUCUGCAUCAAAGAGUAUAUAUAUAUAUAUACAUAUAUACAUAAACACACACACACACACACACUACACAAUUAAGGAAAAGUUUAGUCCUGGCUUUAAGUAUGGUUCAAGUAAAACUGGGACUAAAUGUUUCCUAUAUACACGCAGGUGUGUGUGUGUGUGUGUGUGUGUACAAGUGUGAAGUGUUGUUUCUCAUAGUCUGUGGCAAACCCCGAUCCUCAGUGAUCCUCAGUGAUCCUCAGUGAUCCAGACUGAGAAAUGCAUCCGAAACCUCGUUAACUAUAGGGACCACGUUUUGUUAAGAAAAUGAAUAAAAAUAAAACAAAAAAAGGAGGAAAAUGUAUUCAAAAUGCACAUUUUUUGUCAUUUUUAGAGUAGAUUUUAUAAUACUGUUUCAGCACUUUGUAACCCGAGAAAGGCUUGGCGCCAUCACAGUGCCAAGUGUUUUUUUUCGGCGGUGUAACAUUCGUUCAAUAGAGAGCAUCAGGGAGAGAAACGGAGUGAGAGUGUGAGAGAAAGUAUUCCUUCCUGCUGAGACGGUUGCGUUUCUCUUGGUGCAAGGCCCGCCUCGCUCUCCGCUCGUUCCUGGGUCCAACGAGUCGAGACGUUCAGGCCGGAGAAUCAGUUUUAAGUUUGCGUGGUCCUCUAGCAACCUGAAAAAGGCCUACUCAUGUAGAACGCAGGGUUUUUUUCUUCAUGAUUUUUUGCUUUCCUUGACCUUGAUUGUUGAAUGCAUGUAUUGAGACCUGGAAUUCUUCCUGGGUUUUCUGUGUAGCAUUCUGAUCCCGUGGUUGAGGACAUGAUUUGAUUUGAGAAAGUUUUGACUGUGACUGUCAGCUUGCUCGAGGAGCACUGUAUGUCCUUGUUUUACUGGCACUAAAUGACAAAAAAACAAUAUUGGUGCAAAUCUUAGCAUUUAAAAUUUUGAAAAAAGCAUGUUUUUUUUUAAUCCAUCACAAAAUCAAGUUUGACUUUUUUUUUUUUUUUUUUUAACUGAAUUAAAAACAACCAGGAGUCCUCUGUUCAACCUGACUGUUGUUUGACGUCAUGUAGAUGUCCGAAACCUCUGGAUUAAUAAUCUCAGGCUGAGAUAUCAUCCUAAUCUCAUCCUGUACAAUGUGUGUAUGUUUCGUAAUAUGGGUAGAUUUGUUUAUUAUCACUUGUUAUUCCUCUACGAUUCAGCCGUGUCGAUGCUGGAAAGUAAACAAUGUGCGCUCUUAAGUGGAUGGAAGGUGAUGCCUGGUCUUCGUUACACUUAACCGUGCCGAGCUGGUAAACUGACAAACGCACUCAGAGAGAGGGGCCGACCCGUUCUGUGUUUUCUUUCGUGGCUUUCUUAUGUGAUGCCCAGACCAUAGAGGGGAAAAGAAACACCUUGCAGACUUCUAAAACACUAAAAUUGACUACUAGUCAAUUUCAGGUCCAUCACAGCGUUGGGUUCCACUAACGAGAACUGAAACCAAGGACGAUCGCAGCCUCCGAGCAGCCAACUUUUUUCUCGCGCACCCAUAAUGUCAUCAUCAUGUAUCCUCAGCUGGUGCAUGUGUUUCUGCUUCACAGUUUGUUUUACUCCACCUAUAAGACAUGGAGAGGAUCCACUGUAUAUGUUGCCAAUGAUUGUUCAUGUUUGUAAAUCUGUAUUUGACAGAUGAGUAAGAAAACUCUAUGUAUAUUUAAAGAAAGUGGAUGACUGGGAUACACUCAUGAUAGAUCAGGCUUUUACAGGAAACACUUGAAAAAAAAAUCCACAUGCUUACGCUAGCAAAAGAACACCAUUUACUCACAUUUAGCAGUUAGCUGAUUAUUUCUUCUGUUAUGCUUUCAUGGUAUUCCUAUUCUGCGUGAUUUUAAAUUGUCUGGUGUUGCAUUAGAGGGGGAGCAUAGUGGGACACAGGAAGUAAAUGGUCCUUAAACAGAAAAGUGUAAAACAGGAAAGGAGAUUUAUUGUCUUCCACUGGAAGGGAAAUCAAGGUUGUGUUUCUUUCUUUAUCAUUUCCAUUCGAUGGAAAAGAUGGUGAUGGCUGAACCACUCAAAAGUCAAAAGGAGCCCCCCCCCUCCCCCCUUUUAGGUUUGUAAGUGGAUCGAAUUCUACAAGAUGAUAUGGUUUCAAAGCUUUGGAGUUACUGGUCUAAUUGUAUAUAAGACUGUUAAAUGAAAAACCAUUGAAUGUCACAUCCAAUCCCAAGUCUCCGUGUUCUUGGUAUUGACACAGAGAAGUCAGGCCAGUAGCAAGAAGCUGUCCUGGGAGAUGGAGGAAUGUUUUGCACAUUACUUAGUACAGGAAGAAAUUUUGUGUGUUUGUGUGUUUGUGU